GUGAUCUUUCCUCACAUGCCCUCCUUCCUCCUCGAAACCUCAGCCUUCCCCCUGAGCCUCACUUCUUCUUUGACCCCCCCUGCUGCUGUUUGCAUCCUGUUUCCCCAACUGAGCAGCAAGCAGAACGCAUACCAACAAGCAGCGUGAACCCUGCUGAACCCUGCAGGGCUCUUGGGACCGACCCGGCUCACAACCCCAGUGCCACUUCACAUUGUUCCUUCAGCCCUUUGAAAUGUUUUUGUCCUUUAGUGAUCUAAAGUAAUGCGAAACAGUGCAGAGGUUGUUCUCUCGCACUGGCUAUGUCUGAGAACGUGGAGGCAGUGAACGUUUAGGCCUAUUUUUGUCCUUGAGGACGGCAGACGAUCAACACUUAUUUCCUACAGGAGUUAAUCCAUUGUCAGUUCUGAGAUUUGGCUGACAUUGAAGUAACUGGAGCUUAUAAAAACACUUAAGAAAAGGGUUUACACUCUUUCCCUCGCUGGCUCUCUGCCCACUUAAUACAUUAAGUUAAAGAGGGCCAAAGGGCCGUACUGCACAGCAAGGGGUGACCCAGUCAAAAUAAUGGAAGUGAUCCUUUUCACAACCAAGGCUGUUUAUUUGGCUGGAUCAGUGGUUUGUGGAGACGAUUCUCAAACACGCUGUCCACCAACGGUAAUGGGCAAGAAUUCAAAGCUGCAUUAGUGUGUUUUGAUUAGUAAUGAACAUUCACACAUGCAAUAGAAAACGUUACAAACUCCAGAUACACAAAGCGAGUGAUUACUGGUUGGUCUUAGGUUGGGAAUAAUGAACCUGUUAGAUACUAAAGUGACACAGUGGAAUUAAACUUUGCACCUUGCACAAUGAGUUUUGCUUUGUCUUCCUGUUUGAUCAUUAGCUCCCUCAACCGUUACCUUCUAGUAUAACAGCAUGUUCAUAUAACCAACUUUUAACUGCCCCAAUCGAUAAAGAAUCAAUACAUUUAAAAUAUAAUAUAACUGUUCUUCAUGUUAAAGGUCGACUUAACAUUUACAUUCAAAAAAAGUUGUUUGGGUCUUCAAAGUAUUUUUUUUUAAUUGGACCGCUCUGUUUCUUAAUUUUCUGUAUGAAAAUAUAAACAAGUAACCUCCCAAGAAACUUCUUUUUCGUUUCAGUUAAAGUGUCACAGAUCCUCCAGCCUCACUUAACACGACAUCUUUUGGCGUAUUUUGCUGUUGGCAUACAUAGUUUAACCUCUAACUAGUCCUAUUAACCACUAGCAUUCUUUACCAACAUGCAUAGUGUAUUAGCCUUAAUUUUGCCAUGAUGCUUCAGUAAAAGUAGCAUUCAGCUUUACAGGCGGUCCUAUUGACAAGCCCCCUCAGUUUCAGAGAUAAGAGGCAUUGCAGCACACAACAAAAAUAGACAACAUAGAAAGAGAUUUGACAGUAAAUAUAUUCAGUAAUUAGUGUUAGAUGAGCUGUCUUUAGCGUUACGGAUAAAUUGUUCAAAUGAUACAAGAAUCUGUUUUUAAAAUCAGCAUUGUGUUGUCGGUCACAUCUUUCCUUUAAUCCGGCCGCAAGAGGGAGUCCAAACACAACCAUGGCGGACAAUGAGGAGUUGGGAAAGCCAAAGGAGAGAAGAGGGAGAUUAACUGUGGUGCUGGUGUUGGCAACGCUCAUAUCUGCAUUUGGUUCAUCAUUCCAGUAUGGUUACAAUGUGGCUGUGGUCAACUCUCCAUCAACGUUCAUGCAGGAGUUCUAUAACACCACCUACCUGGAGCGGUAUGGCCGACCAAUGAAGAAGAACUUCCUAACUCUGCUGUGGUCUCUCUCUGUGUCCAUGUACCCGUUAGGAGGCUUCUUUGGCUCCCUGAUGGUGGCCCCUCUGGUCAACAAACUAGGGAGGAAGGGCACCCUCCUCUUCAACAACAUUUUCUCCAUCGCUCCUGCAGUGAUGAUGGGGGUCAGUGAGAUCGCCAAGUCCUAUGAGAUCAUCAUUGUGGCCCGGUUUAUAGUGGGCAUCUGUGCGGGUCUUUCGUCAAAUGUGGUUCCCAUGUAUCUGGGAGAACUUGCUCCCAAAAACCUGAGGGGAGCCCUCGGCAUCAUCCCACAGCUCUUCAUCACCAUUGGCAUCCUCAGUGCUCAGGUUCUGGGCAUCAGAAACAUACUGGGCAACAGCACAGGCUGGACCCUGAUGUUGGGUAUUACCGGUAUCCCUGCCAUGGUGGAGCUCCUGCUCCUGCCCUUCUUCCCGGAGAGCCCAAGGUACAUGCUUAUUCAGAGAGGAGAUGAGAAGACCGCAAAGAAAGCGCUGCAGCGUCUCCGGGGCUGGGAAGACGUGGACGCAGAGCUUUCAGAGAUGCGUCUGGAGGACCAGUCGGAGAAGGCCGAGGGACACCUGUCGGUGCUCAGCCUGCUGUCCCAACGCUCCCUUCGCUGGCAGCUGGUCUCCAUCAUCGUCAUGAACAUGGGCCAGCAGCUCUCGGGGGUCAACGCGAUCUACUACUACGCAGAUAGCAUCUAUUCCAGUGCAGGAGUCAAGCAGAAUGACAUCCAGUUCGUCACUGUGGGAACAGGUGCUGUGAAUGUCUUCAUGACCAUAGCUGCUGUCUUCAUUGUGGAGGCCUCGGGACGACGGAUGCUCCUUCUCUGUGGGUUUGGGAUCUGCUGUGUAGCCUGUGUGCUGCUCACUGUGGCACUUAACUUCCAGGAGAGCGUGACGUGGAUGCCCUACAUCAGCAUCAUCUGUGUCAUCAUCUACGUAAUAGGACACGCUAUAGGACCAAGUCCCAUUCCUUACGUGGUGACCACUGAGAUGUUCAGGCAGUCAGCCAGGCCCGCUGCCUUCAUGGUCGCAGGCUCCGUCCACUGGCUCUCCAACUUCACUGUUGGCCUUGUCUUCCCCUUCCUGGAGAGCGGCCUCGGCUCCUACAGCUUUAUAAUUUUCUCCUUCAUCUGUCUGGUCACGCUGAUCUACAUCUGGCUGGUGGUCCCUGAGACCAAGAACACAACCUUCCUGGAGAUAUGCCAGAUGUUUGCCAAGAGGAACAAAGUGGAGAUCCAACUUCGUGAUGGAGGUCUGCCACUGAAAGUGAGCAAAGAACGCCUGGAGGAUGCAGUGAAGGUUACGGCCUUCUGA